AUGUCUGACGACGAUGGCUUCCAGGUUGAAAAUGAUAGCGACAAUGAUUCUGACAAGGAGCUGCAAGUGGCAUUCGAGAAAGGACUGCUCAAAGACACUGUCAUUGUUUCAACAACAAAUCCGAAACCAAAGUAUAUAAAUAAUAAGGUCGGAUUAGAAGAAGCCCUGAGAAACUUAAAAAGGGAUUUGCCAUGGCAAGAAACUUUGGACAUCUGCGUUGAGCCUGCCCCACUACCUUACUGCCUGAAAGAUGAUGACGAGAGCGAUAUUAAGGGCGAUGGCAAAGAGGAGGAAAAUGAUUUUAAAUUAGAAAAUUUGUUCUACCGGCAAGCACAGAAUGCAGUUUUGAAGGGCUUGGCUAGACUUACUGCCUUCAACAUCCCAACAAAACGGCCAGAGGAUUAUUUCGCUGAGAUGCUUAAAAGUGAUCUGCAUAUGAAAAAAGUUAAAGAGAAUAUAUUGAGCUUACAAGCCAUCAAGGACAAAUCAGAGAAGGCAAAGAAAGAAAGGGAAGCAAAGAAAGUUAAAAAAUUAGCCGAUAAAGAGGGCAGGAAAGAGAAGAAGAAGGAAAAAUUAGAGUACAAGAACACACUGAAAAAAGUCAGGAAGAAGUUGAACUUAGGUCAGCGGGGAAAAAUCUUGAAUCCAGACGAUCUAUUUGAAGACACCAGUGACAGAAAAAGUGUUGAAGUCGUCUAUAGGAAAGAGCAAAAGAUAAAACAACAACAUAAACAACAACAGCAAAUGAAUAAUAAUAAAAAUAAUAAUGAUUCAUCAUACAUAGUCCCUGAAAAACCAAUGAAAGCCAAUAAGAAGAGAAUGAUGAAGAACAAGAAGUUUGGCUUUGGCGGCCAGAAGAAGAGGUCAAAAUACAAUACGAGGGAGAGUGUGGAUGAAGUGCAGUUCAAAUCAUUCAGAUCUCCCGCCGCUAUUAAAAAGUACAAGAAUAAGAACAAGUCCAAUAAUAGGAGAAAUAAAAAGAAGAAAUAA